UCCGAUCCAAUCCAGGCAAUAGUGAUGGUGAAAGUGAUUCGUCAUCGUCAUUCCGCUUGAAAAGAGAAUAUUGUGUGUCUAGUUCUAGUAUAUGUACAACAUUUCUUAAGGUUUUUUUUAAAUCAAAACUAAAAUAUUAAUAUCUUCGUAAAAUGCCUUCUUACAAGGUAAAAGUGAAAUGGGGACGUGAAAACUUUCCAGGCAUUGAAGUAAACACCGACGAAGAACCUCUUCUUUUUAAAGCUCAACUUUAUGCUCUAACUGGUGUCCAACCAGAUCGCCAAAAAGUAAUGUUUAAAGGUAGUCAGCUGAAAGACAACGAAUGGAACAUUCAGCUCAAGGAAGGUGCUGCAAUUCUUUUGUUAGGAACAAAAGAAGAAGUACCGCAAUUGCCUCAGGAGCCAACUAAAUUCAUUGAAGACAUGAAUGAGUCCGAGUUAGCAACUGCCCUCGACUUACCGGCAGGCUUAACUAACCUGGGUAACACUUGCUACAUGAAUGCCACGGUGCAGUGUUUAAAGUCAGUGCCAGAAUUGCGAGAAGCAUUAGUAGAAUUCAAAGAUGAUAGUCCUUCUAGUUCAUCGGCUUCUUCUAAAAUAACAACGGCAAUAAAGUCGCUUGUUGUUCAGCUUGAGAAGGGCACAACUGUUACUCCUAUAAUGUUGCUGCAAACCUUGCACACAGCAUUUCCUCAAUUUUCCCAAAGUGAAGGCAAUGGAACUUAUAGGCAACAAGACGCCAAUGAGUGUUGGUCGGAAAUAUUGAAGAUGCUGCAAGAUAAGUUACCAGCAAGACCAAGUGAAAAGAAGUAUAACUCGUUCAUAGAACAAUAUUUUGGAGGAUCUUUUGAUGUUGAAAUGAAAUGCAAUGAAUGCUCAGAUGAGCCAGCAAGUCUAAGUAAAGAAAACUUUUUGCAGCUUAGUUGCUUCAUCUCUCCAGAGGUUAAACACAUGCACACCGGUUUAAAAUCAAAAAUGCAAGAACAACUUACCAAAUUUUCCGAAGCCCUGGGAAGGGACGCCGUGUAUGUUAGAUCAUCGAAAAUAAGUCGUUUACCAGCAUAUCUUACCAUUCAAUUUGUUCGUUUCCAAUACAAGGGAAGAGAAGGUAUAAAUGCGAAAGUUCUAAAAGACAUUAAGUUUCCGAUUGAUUUUGAUGUGUUUGAACUUUGCACGCCCCAACUUCAAGCAAAACUUACACCAGCGCGGGAGAAGUUGAAGAAAAUUGAAGACGCAAAAUUGGAGAAAUUGAGAGAAGAACCAUCUGAAAAACCAGAUGAUAAACAUGCUCCAUCUGCUGAACUGACCUCAUUUCCCGAAGAUCUGGGGAGCAAUAAUUCUGGAUACUAUACUCUGCAGGCUGUACUAACUCACAAAGGAAGAUCAAGUUCCUCUGGACAUUAUGUGGGAUGGGUACGACAGGGAUCUGACACAUGGAUGAAAUUUGAUGACGAUGUAGUUUCUGCAGUUACAACAGAAGAUAUUUUAAGAUUAUCUGGUGGUGGCGAUUGGCAUUGUGCAUAUGUAUUAUUGUAUGGACCUAAAAUUUAGUCUACCCUAACAUGCAACAUCAUAAUAUUCUGCGAUCUUAUUAUGCAUAAGAUAAAACUCAAGAUAUUAAUUUCAAAUAUUAUUUCUUGAUUUUGUUGUCUUUUGUUCAACUAUAUUAUUAAAAAAUAAUACUUCUUUAAAUAAAAAAAAAAAAAACACAAUAAAUUUAAUUAGCUUUUAAUUAAA